AUGAAUCUUCUCUACUCGACCGUCAACACACUCCGCGACCGGUACACACCGGUAUCGCACAAGUCCACCUUCCGCCAGACGGGUCAAAUCACCCCCGAAGAGUUCGUCGCCGCGGGCGACUACCUCGUCUACAAGUUCCCGACCUGGUCCUGGGGCGACGCGGACGCCGACAGCCGCCGCGUCAGCUACCUGCCUCCCGGGAAGCAGUUCCUCGUCACGCGCAACGUCCCCUGCAACCGCCGCCUCGACGACGACUUCGCCGGCGAUGCGGGCCACGAGGAGGCCGUCGUGGAGGGCGGCAAGAGGUCCGGGGCCGGCGACGAUGAUGAGGAUGGCUGGCUUCGCACGGGCGGGCUGGCGAGCUCGCAGCCGCUUAAAGUGAAGGAGGUGCGGACGGUGGACGACUCGGGAAAUGUGGGAGACCGGGAGGUUGUGGAGGAUGACGAUGAGAUUCCGGAUAUGGAGGAUGAAGACGACGACGAGGCCAUCAUCCGCGAUGCAGGAGACAACGGAAAGAACAGCGGUCGGCGUACAUACACCCUCUACAUCAUGUACUCAACGUACUACCGCACACCCCGCCUCUACCUCUCGGGCUAUUCGCCCAACGGCCAGCCGCUGCCGCCGCACGCCAUGAUGGACGACAUUGUGGGCGACUACAAGGACAAGACGGUGACGCUCGAGGACUUCCCCUUCUUCGCCAACAACAUCAAGAUGGCGAGCGUGCACCCGUGCAAGCACGCAUCCGUAAUGAAGACGAUGCUCGACCGCGCCGACGGGGCGCUGCGCAUCCGGCGCGAGAAGCUGCGCGCCGGUAAGGCCGUCGGCGGGGACCAGGGCAUGGAGGGGCUCGUUGAUGAGCUGGGGAAGCUGGAUGUCAAGGAUGCUCAGGCCGCUGCCGAUAAGGACGGCGAGUGGGAGGAGGUUGAGCAGAGCGAGGUUGACGAGCAGGAGGUUGCUAUCCGGGUGGAUCAGUAUCUGGUUGUUUUCCUGAAGUUCAUGGCCAGCGUCACACCUGGUAUCGAGCACGAUUUCACAAUGGGAGUAUAA